AUUACCGAUUAGCACGGCGAGGGUUUGCGUUUGUUUGUAUCACACGUGGGGUUUUUAUGGGAGGCCAGAGGAGGAGAGUGGAGUCACAGAGUUACUUAUAUCUCGGGGGAAAGAGCAGAGGCUGUUCUUUUCUGGAAGGUCGUCAGAGGGCUCGGACAUGUCAAAGGGGGUGUACAUCUCCAAGGCACUGGCGGUGGCCACCGUGGUGCUGACGGUCUCGGCCGUGGGUGCCAUCAUCACCAUGAUCACCAUCUUCCAACUCCAGAUCAAUGAGAGACCACCUUCACCUCCACCGACCAUUCCAACAACCACGGGAGGCCCUACUGGACCCCCACCGAACAUGAGACUGCCUGACAACCUGGUCCCAGAGGAAUACACAGUCUACCUGCAGCCAUACCUGUAUCCUGAAGUGUACAACGGCACCAACCAGACCUUCACUUUCACCGGGAACUCCACAGUGAAGUUCAAGUGCGUGAAAGUCACCAACAGGAUCUACGUCCACAGCAAGGACCUGAACGUGACCUCAGUGUGGGUGAUGGACGAGAAUGGAACAUCUCUGCCGAUUAAAGCCAGGAGUCUGCUGGAGGAUGAAAGCAAUUUCUUUGAGAUUGAGCUUCAGAGCCGCCUCAAAGUUCAGGGCACGUAUCACCUCUUCACUGCAUUUGAGGGGGAGAUGUUCGACGACUUAACUGGCAUCUACGUGAGCCAGUACACAGAAAAUGGGGACGAGGAACGGUUUCUGGUAGGCAGCCAGAUGCAGCCCACAGAUGCGAGGAAAGUGUUCCCCUGUUUCGAUGAGCCAGCUAUGAAGGCUGUGUUCCGCAUCACCAUGAUCCACAGGGAAAAAACGCGAGCGCACUCCAACGCUAAAGAGACGGGACCCCCAAAGACCACAGAAAUUGAUGGGGAAAAAUGGCUCAUCACUGAGUUUCAUCCAACGAAUAAAAUGUCAACAUACCUCUUAGCUUUCAUUGUGUCCACAUUUGACGCAAAGGAGACCAAGUAUCAGAGGUCCACAGUGCGGACGUGGGCCCGACCAGAGGCCAUAAAGGCAGGACAUGCGGACUACGCACAGAAAAUCACAGGAGACAUCUUGCAGUUCUACGAAGAGCUCUACGGCAUAAGCUACCCUUUGAAUAAACUCGAUCAAAUGGCUCUGCCGGAUUUUGGCGCCGGGGCCAUGGAGAACUGGGGCCUGAUCACGUACCGCGAGACGGCUCUGCUGUACGAGGAGGGCGUGUCCUCCACCUCAAACAAGGAGUGGGUCGCCACGGUGAUCGCUCAUGAGCUAGCCCACCAGUGGUUCGGAAAUUUGGUCACCAUGAAGUGGUGGAACGACCUGUGGCUGAACGAGGGGUUUGCGACGUACAUCUCUUACCUGGGAGUCGACAGAGUCGAGCCCACCUGGAACAUUAAAGACCUGAUCGUCCUCAACGACAUCCAGGCCGUCUUCCAAGUGGACGCCCUGGCCACCUCUCACCCUCUUAGCUCUAAUGAGAAGGACGUUCAGACACCCGCCGAUAUUAGCCAGCUGUUUGACUCCAUCACCUACAGCAAGGGUGCAGCUGUGUUGAGAAUGCUGUCUGAUUACAUAUCGGACAAAGUUUUUCAAAAUGGCCUCCAGUCGUAUCUGAAGGCUAACCAGUAUGGCAACGCUGACUACAAAGACCUGUGGAGCCACUUACAGGAGGCCGUAAAUGCGAACAGGGACAACUACAAUGUGGCGGAAGUCAUGGACACCUGGACCAAACAGAUGGGCUACCCGGUCGUCACCAUCAACACCGUGAGCGGCGCUGUGUCCCAGCAACACUUCCUUCUCAACCAGACAUCACCCUACAAUUUCCUCUGGCAUAUUCCAAUAAGGUUGAUGAAGUCCAACAAAGCCCUGAUGCGGGAUUUUCUGAAUGAAAAGGGUCCAGUGACAAAGGAAGUGUACGAGACCACCGGAAAAGAGUGGAUUCUGGCCAAUGUCAACUGCACCGGGUAUUUCAGAGUUAACUACAAUCAAGAGAACUGGGAAAUACUGCUUCAACAGCUGAGUGACGACCACCAUGAAGUACCAGUCAUCAACAGAGGGCAGUUAAUAGACGAUGCAUUUAAUCUUGCAAGAGCCAAAUACAUUGAUGUCACACUGGCUUUGAACACCACCAAGUACCUGUUGAACGACACUGAGUUCAUCCCAUGGGAAUCAGCCUUGAAAAACCUGGACUACUUCAUCCUCAUGUUUGAUCGCUCUGAGGUCUAUGGGCCAAUGAAGGCAUACCUAAGGAAGCAAGUUGAGCCGCUUUAUAGACACUUUGAAGAUCUCACCAUCAAUUCAACCGUACCAGAUGAACACACUGCACAGUACAACCAGAUUAAUGCCAUCUCAGUGGCGUGCAGCAACGACAUCCGAGACUGCAUAGACAUGGCCAAGGAGCAGUUUCAGCGAUGGAUGAGAGACGCCUCCACCAACAGGAUCCCUCCCAACCUGAGGUCCACCAUCUACUGCAACGCCAUUGCCGCAGGGGGUGAGGUGGAGUGGGAAUUCGCCUGGGAGAAGUAUCAGAACGCCACCAUCGCCACCGAGAAGGACAAGCUGAGAUAUGCCCUGUCCUGCACCAAAGACAUCUGGCUCCUCAGCAGAUAUCUGUCCUACACUUUGGACCCGGAAAAGAUACGGAAGAUGGAUGCUGUCUCCACCAUCAACUACAUCGCCAGGAAUGUAGCUGGCCAGUCCCUGGCCUGGGACUUCGUCCAGUCACAGUGGACCUACAUAAGCCAGGAGUAUGGCGGGGGAAUCAUGUCUUUGGGCAGUCUUAUCGACGGGGUGACCCAGAGAUUCUCCACAGAAUUUGAGCUUCUGAAGCUGAAGCAGUUCCAGGCGGAACACGCGGAGGACACGCUAAGUUCGGGAACGCGAGCCCUGCAGCAAGCCAUCGAGAGGACUCAGGCAAACAUCAAGUGGGUGAAGGAAAACAAGCAGACGGUACUGGAGUGGUUUCGCAGGGAGUCUGCGGCCAGCUAAAGCGCCGAGGUUUUUUAACGAGAGCGAAGACGCUGGAAUACCAGAAAUGAGAAACGGAAAAGGAGUCCCGUGGCACUCAGUACAAACAGCCCAUGUUUUUGUUGUUGGUGUCUUUGUGUUGCGUUUGUGAAAAUUCUGCUGGGGUUUUGUCUGUCCCAUGAAAAUUCCAGAAGGCUUUGUUUUUUGUUUUGGUUUUUUUUUUUUUGUCCUUUUCAUAGCAGAGCACUGAAACAAAGUUCCCAAAUUCUUAUGCUGCAUUCAUGACUAUAAAAGAAUAUAUUUAAUAAAUAGGCCUAAUGCUUAAAUGACACAAAACAAACCUCAAAACAGAUAUGAGAAUGAGGUGCGUUAUGAUUAAUGAAAUGUCGUCUUUUGGUACAAAGUCUAAUUUAUUUCUAUUUAACAUGCCAUAAUAUACUUUAAUUUGUACGUUGGUCCUUCAGAAACUUUGUCAAUAAUGUUUACAGAGAUAAAGUCACAUCCUAAGAAGUAUCUCAGGCUAAAUAACCAAAGUAACUGUAAUAAACUACAAUAUGAAACAAUAGCGUUAUAAUGCAUCCUUG